AUGACCGCAGUCGACCCUCAAGAGGAUGAGAUAAUUCUCACACUAGAACCAGUGCUGGAGAAUGAAGAUGGCUCUUCUGUUUGCUCGCUCACCACUGACGCAGUCAGUGACUGCAGUAGCCCAUCUCCAGUAGACCAGUCAGUCCAGCAGCCAACCACCAUCCUCCACACACCCCAAUCAUCCUCUCACAAACCUACACCUCAAAAAAGAAAGAGGCCUGCUGACAGCUUUGAAACAGCAAUCCUCAACAGGGUUGAUGAAAUCCAAGCCCAGCUAAAGGAGCCUGAUGAGGAUGAACUCUUUCUACAAAGCCUUUUGCCAUCACUGAAGCGCCUGACAGGAGCCAAGAAAUCGAUGGCCAAGAUGGAGAUAAUGAAAGUGCUCCACAAAUUAGAAUAUGGAGAGGAGUGA